AUGGCGGAGGGUGAGAUCCAGAACCCAACAAUCGACCCAGAGACCGAGUUUCUGGCGUCGAAGAGAACCAACGGCAACGAGUGGGAAUCCUUCAAGGAGAACGUGAGGCCGCUGAAGCGAGGCCGCAACGUUAACAUCCUCAACCACGCCCUCCACUCCCACACCCACACUCACCUCAAGAAAUCCCUUCACCAACACCGAAGAAAACUCGUCGAAGCCAUCGAAGAAUACCAGGGCGACGACCCUCUCCUUCCCUGGCUACAGUGUAUCAAGUGGGUUCAGGAGGCAUUUCCUCCUGGUGGAGACAGUUCGGGGCUGGUGGUGAUUUAUGAGCAGUGUGUGCGUGCCUUUUGGCAUUCAGAGCGCUAUAAGGAUGAUCUGCGCUACCUCAAAGCAGAUAAUUGCUUUGACGCAGACGUUAUCUAUACCUUUCUGGAUGCAAAUGGAAUUGGAAAAACUCAUUCCAAUUUCUACAUUUCUUAUGCUUUGCACUUGGAGUCUAAGAACAAGUUUAAAGCUGCCAAGCAGAUAUUCGAGCUUGGCGUAUCCAGAAAUGCUCAACCAGAUGAUAAAUUGAAGGCUGCUUAUAGAAAAUUUCUUGCACGCUCACUGGCAAGGCCAACAAAAGCUAUAGCUGAUACAGUAGAAAAAAUGGCUCCCUCACGUAGCUUUGGAACUGUUAUCGCCAAGCGAGAAAAUCGUGCAGCCCUAUCCACUUUGAACACGAACUGUGAUCUUCCUGCUAAGAAUGAUAGGACCGGAGCAUCUCUAUUUUCCAUUUAUAAAGAUUCAGCUGUCACUGGUUAUACUGAUCCUCAUCAGCCAGACCAAUCACACUCUUGGCACACACUUGGAGCUCGAGCUGACAGAAAUAAGGAAAACAAUGCAAUUCCUGCCAAGUGGAAAUCCUUCAAGAUUCCACAGCGACUUGGUACUAGAGCUGGAGGGGCUACUCCAAGUGCCUUUAUCCCAGUUUUUGUCGAUGAAGAAUGUCAAGAUUCACAAAGUAAGAAAGAAGACGGUUGUAAGUCCUCAAGUUUGAAGAUUAGGCAGGAGGACGACAAGGAAUUGAAAAGGGAAACAGAGCUACUAAGGAAGAAUCCACUACGCAACUUUCCUCAAAACAGCCUCCCCAGAUAA